GUAGAGUCUGACAUAGGCAUUGAUGAAGAUUGUCUUUUUUGCAUUGAGAGUGUGUCUCUAUGCAGGACAGUACUUUCUAGUCUACGGGGCCCCUGUGUCCCGUCCGCCGUUCCCGCCGGCCGUUUUAGACGUGCCCUCCUGCGAAGAUGAGAUGACUAUGUUUAUCCACGCGAUGAGCAAGGUAGUAUGGCUAAACGCAAGCUCGACCGCGGGGAGCGGAAGUACAAGAAAUCUGUGGAGAGAAAUAUGAGUGUGAGACGUACGGUUGACGUGCGGCUUCGGUGGUCUCAUGUGGUCUGAUCUGUGAGAGCGAGGGUUCUUGAUGGCGAGCGGAAGGGGGAUAUGGUAGUAUAGGAGUUUAGAGAUAGGCUAGGGUAGGGGAAUGGUGGGAUGAGGGAUGAGGGUGAUGAUGCACGGGGUGAGGUUUGGACAGGCGAUGUUGUAAAAGUGCUCAUAGAGGGUUUGGGUUUGGCAUGGGAUUGUUUCUUUUAUGAUCUAGCAAUGUAUCAGCUCGAGAGUUGAUAAAGAUUAGGACGCUGUGAAGCCUGAGAUGAUACUAGAUGGUCACGAAACAGAGCGGCUUGACUAUCAACUACCGUUUUUUGAAACGUGGCCAAAGGUCACUAUGACCAGCUGUGUGUGUACAUAGACUCGCAAUGGGCAGUCACGCGCAUGACUAGUACUCACGAGCAGCAAAUUCAUUGCGACGACCUACGGGGUUGCACCAGUGCCAGUGAGCG